AGAGGUGAAGGGGCGGAGCUCUCUCUCAGUUCUCUGUAAUGAAGGUGAAAGUGAAAGUAGUCAUUACACUUCCGGCUGUAACAGACUAAAACAGGAGGAAUAUAUUUGUGCGUGUAGACAGGGGGGAGAUUUUACACACGGUGUUUAAACUGUAAUGAGGUCAAAAUACUGAAUAUGAGCCGCUCUGAAAUGUGGACACACUUCAGCUAAAGCAGCAGAUUUGUUUAUAUCUGAGGAACCGAAAAGGAUUUUAUUAGUUUGAACCUACAGAAAGAGAUAAAGAUGGCGGCUGCACACAAUGAGUUUAAACUCAUCGGUCCCAGGGGUACAGAGGAGUAUAAAUGCUCUGCUGUCACUCCCUCGUGUCGUCUGUCUCCUGAAAUCAGUGCUGUUAACAUGGAGAUCCGGUGGUUUAAGGAGACACGCUGUGUUUGUGUCUAUAAGAAUGGACAUGUGACAGAGGGGAGAGGUUACGAGGGCAGAGUGAGUCUGUUCACUCAGGAGAUGGAGAGAGGAAACGUCUCCUUACAGCUGAGAGACUGUAGAGGGUCAGAUGAAGGACAUUACCUGUGUCAGGUCACUGAUGGAGACAGAACAGAGGAGAUUACAGUAGAGAUGAGAGUACUGGUAAGUAAAUAACUCGACUUCACACUAAUGGUAGCGGCUGAUAUUUUAUAAACUUAUCACAUAUAUUACAUUUGAAUCCAGGGA